AUGAGGAUGAUUGCUGCAAUAGCUUUGGUAAUUUUGGCUGUCGGUGAUUGGGGCGAGGAUAAGAUCAUCGGGGGGAAUGAAUGUCGCCCCCACUCCCAGCCAUGGCAGGCGUACCUCACAUAUGACAACGGGGUGCGUUGGUGUGGGGCGUCUCUGAUCAACGAGUGGUGGGUUGUGUCGGCAGCCCACUGCUACAUCCCCCCUCCUCGCUUGGCGGUCCACCUCGGAGAGCACAACAUACAGAGGGAGGAGGGGACAGAGCAGAGAAUCUGGGCUGCAAGGGUCAUUCCUCACCCUGGCUAUGAUGCAAACACCUACGACAACGACUUCAUGCUCAUUAAGCUGAGUGAGCCAGCUACGUUCAACCAGUACGUGCAACCCAUCACCCUGGCAACCAGCUGUGCUCGGACUGGCGAGCAGUGCCUGGUGUCUGGCUGGGGCAAUCAGAUCAACACUGGAGUGAACUAUGCGUCAGUGUUGCAGUGCUUGGAUCUGCCCAUCCUGUCUGAAUCUCAGUGCAAGAACGCCUAUGGCAGCCUCAUUACUGACAACAUGUUCUGUGCUGGAUUCUUGGAGGGAGGCAAAGACUCUUGUCAGGGUGACUCUGGUGGCCCAUUGGUGUGCAAUGGCAAGCUGCAGGGUGUUGUGUCUUGGGGAUACGGUUGUGCAGAAAGUGGUUACCCUGGGGUGUAUGCCAAUGUCUGCCGCUAUAUUGACUGGGUCAAAGCUAUCAUGACCGACUAA